AUGUCGUUUCGUGCAGUUUUGACGAAAUUGGGCAAGUUUUGGCCUAAGAGCGUUCCCGUAGUUCAACAUGGGAAAGGAAGAGAUGUCGUACAAGUGGCAAUAUCUGCCAAAAAGCAGCAAAUCGCCCAGAAAGGACGGGCGUUUGGACAUCACUUUGUACAACAACAUAACCCAUUGCCGACGUUUAGUUUUGCUCGCCUGUACUCUCAUUGUGUAACAAGAAGCCUGGCAUCGGAGGCACGUAGAAAUGCCAUAUCUCGUCUAAUGGGAUGUCGAGGAAGUUUACCUAUUUUUGCUUUCAUUGGCGUCACUAUAUCGAUAGCUGAAAACGGAGGGAAAAACGGGAACGACGAUGUGUGUUCAGCGAUAAGGGGAAUGUUUACAAAGAACCAGUGCCACGACAGUGAAAACGAUGACAUAACUGAAUUUGGUAGCAGCGUCUCAAACUACGAGUUUGGUCGUCUCAUUGGUAAGGGUUGCAGUGCAGCAGUACAUGAGGCUAGACUUCGUAAUGAUAAUGAAGAUAAUAAAUCGGAUGAUGAGAUCACUGUGAUUACAACUGAUGAAAAUAAAGACACCAUAGUAACUGAUGGGGUUUCAGAUGAUGAAAACAGUGUGGGUAAUUGUGCGGGAAGUCCCGGUGGGUCUCUCAGAGCCACUGAAAUAGAUGUUUUAAAUCCGAAUACAGUUGAUGCGGACAGUGAGUGUGUCGUCGUAUCCUGUCAAUUCAGUUCGUCAGAUUCAGAAACAUCAUUUGUUGUCUUAAAACCAUCUUGUGGUUUAGAACUGACUGAAUCCUUUGUUGUCAUGGAAACCAACCAUGUUUUUGCAGUAUCAAAGAGCGGUGAUGAUGCUUUGGAGAGCAAAGACUCUUUUGUUGGUAUGCCAAGCCCAACAUCUUUCUCAUCACCUGGCAAAGACGAUACUGCUGCCUUAGCAACACAUCAGUUGUCAACUGAUGAGGACAGUAUUUCAGAUACCGAUUCGUCUUUCAUAGUCAUCAAAGCGAAGAGUGAAAUGGAUAUUGUGGUCACCAUGGAAACAGCAGUGAUAGAAAUAAAUGAAGAGUUACCUAAUUUGGAUAUAUCUGUUGGGAAGGAUGAGAUUACAAAAAGAUUUUUCAAAGACAUUGAAUUAUAUUCAACUCAUUCUAACAGUGGGGAUAAUGUUGAAGAUCAAAGUGCUUUGGAUGUUGAAGAGAACAUUGUAAAAAUAUCUCAUGUUCCUUCCCGUGUUGGUCAAAUAGUCAAUGAAGACAAUAAAGAUAGUACCAGCUGCAAAUACACUCUAGCUAUUAAGAUGUUGUUUAAUAUGAGUGUGCAGUCCGAUCAUUGCAAACUGUUAUCAGCAUUUGAAAGAGAAUUACUUCCACUGCAACAAGGCAAGAUGAUGUCAGACUCGGAUGUAACUCAAAAGUUAAGAAUCCACCAGAGAAAAAAUCUACCACUGCAUCCCAACAUAGUGGAAAUGUACGCAGUAUUCAGUGAUGGUGAGAUACCGUGCAUGUCAGACGCUUUGGAAUAUUAUCCAGCUGUACUUCCAUCUAGUAUGAAUGGACUUGGACGCAAUAAAACGCUGUUCAUUGUUAUGAAAAGGUAUGACACAACUUUACGACAGUACCUUCAAGAGUAUGGUUGUUCAUCGCAAAAAGUAGCUAUGCUAAUAUUGGCACAGCUAUUAGAAGGUUUAUUUCACCUUAAUCAGAAUGACAUUGCCCAUCGCGAUUUAAAAUCUGAUAACAUAUUAUUGGAUAUCAACCAAGGUCCACGAGUUGUGAUCUCAGAUUUUGGAUGUUGUUUAUCUGAAAGCUCAGGUUUAUUUCUACCAUAUCAAACUGAGCACACAGAUCGUGGCGGGAAUCGAUCACUUAUGGCACCAGAGGUAAUCUCGGCAAUUCCUGGAGUCAACACCACUAUAGAUUACAGAAAAUCAGAUCUCUGGACUGUUGGUACACUGGCAUAUGAAAUACUCACUGGGCGCAACCCAUUCUAUAGUGAAUGUGACAGUCUUACUUAUACUGAAGAGCAGUUGCCAAGGUUACCAGAGGACACAAAUGAAUACCUGGUUAAAAUUAUCAAUCUGUUGUUAAGAAGAGAUCCAUCUGAGAGACCAACUCCAUCAGUGGCAGCUACCAUGCUUCAUCUGUUACUAUGGCAACCGGAAAUAUGGCAGAACAACUUACCAACGGAGAAAGUGGUGAAAAAAUGGCUACUGAGUGUAGUAGCCAAUCAGAAAAUUUGCUCCAUUGGUCACAUGAUACAUGGUCAAAGGUCAAAUACUGAGAUAACCAAUCACCUUUUAUGCCAGUCGUUUCUAUCCCAUGUUAAUUAUGAUGACAUCAUGACAGCAGUGGCUUUUCUCAUGCGUUAA